AUGCUCUUUUGUUCGGGGGCUCCGCACCGAUCGGCGCCGGUCUGCCGGAUCGCGCCGGGGCCGGUCGGAUCUGGGGGAGGAGAGGAGGGGAGGGGAGCGAUGGAGGCCGCCGACUACUCCGGGAAGCUCUUCGUCGGCGGCAUCUCGUGGGAGACGGACGAGGCCCGCCUCCGCGAGUACUUCGGCCGCUUCGGGGAGGUUACUGAGGCCGUCAUCAUGCGGGACCGCAGCACGGGCCGCGCCCGUGGGUUCGGGUUCGUGGUCUUCGCCGACGCUACGGUCGCCGAGCGCGUCAUCUUGGACAAACACAUGAUCGACGGCCGUAUGGUGGAGGCCAAGAAGGCUGUUCCCAGGGAUGACCACAGUAUCGUGAGCAAGAGCAACACAAGCAGCAUAGGGUCACCUGGACCGGGCCGUACCAGAAAGAUCUUUGUUGGAGGUCUGCCCUCAAAUGUAACAGAGGCUGACUUCAGAAGGUAUUUUGAGCAGUUCGGUGUCAUAACUGAUGUGGUUGUGAUGUACGACCACAACACGCAGAGACCGAGGGGCUUUGGAUUCAUCACCUACGAUUCAGAAGACGCCGUCGACAAAGCCCUGCACAAGAGCUUCCACGAGCUGAAUGGUAAAAUGGUAGAGGUCAAGAGGGCUGUUCCAAAGGAGCAGUCUCCUGGACCUGUUGCGCGCUCGCCUGCGGGAGUGGGGCAGAACUAUGCUAUGAACAGGGUUCAUAGCUUCCUGAAUGGCUUCAACCAGGGUUACAGCCCGAAUCCUAUAGGAGGUUACGGCAUGAGGGUGGAUGGAAGGUUUGGCCUGCUUUCAGGUGCACGGAAUGGGUUCUCUUCUUUUGGCCCAGGUUAUGGGAUGGGUAUGAAUGUUGAAGGUGGGAUGAGCGGAACUUUUGGUGCAAACUCUGGUUUCAUCAGUAACUCCAAUGGGAGGCAAAUGGGUUCCUACUUCAAUGGAAGUUCGAACAGAUUGAGUAGUCCUAUUGGUUACCUUGGUCUUAAUUAUGACUCAGGAUCAAUGUUGAGUUCCAUGUCUAGGAAUGUUUGGGGUAAUGGAAGUCUAAACUACCCGAGCAAUCCUACAAACAUGAGUGCUUUUGCUCCCCCUGGAAAUGGGGGUCAAGUCAGUAUUACCGGCGACAAUUGGGGAGGUCUCCCUUCUGCUCAUGGGUUGGGCAACAUUUCAAGCCUUGGGUCAGGGAACCUUGGCCGUGGAGCUGGAGAUAAUAACUUUGGUUUGCCUUCUGUCUCCUAUGGGAGGAGCAAUUCAACUGGGACAAUUGGUGAGCCUUUUUCUGCAUCAGGCAAUGCGUAUGAAGUGAACAACCCAGAUACAUAUGGGAGCAGCUCUAUUUAUGGUGGUACAUCCUGGAGGUUCGCUUCAUCUGAAGUUGACAUGCCUUCUUUCAGUCACGAUCUUGGAAAUGUUGAUCCAAAUAUCAAAUCAGACAUGUCAGCAAGUUACAUGGGCAAUUAUCCUGUUAACAACAAUCAGCCAAGCAGAGGUCAGUUGCUGUUUCAACAUUUUUCUCUGAACUACACAUAG